UCUCCUCCUGCCUCGGGGACCCGGGCAUGACAGCCCAGGACAGGGCCCGAGUGGUAGAGUUCUGGAUCCAGGUGGCCAAGGAGUGUCUGGACCUCGAGAAUUUUGCGUCCCUCCACGCCAUUCUCUUGGCCCUGCAGAGCCCUGCCAUCAGUCGUCUGCAAUGCACCUGGGGACAUGUUUCCUGGAAGAGCUCCAGGAUGCACAAAAAGCUUAUCAAAGAGAAGUGGCAUAACCAGAAGUGGCUCCUCAAGGAAAGUUCCAUCGUACGUGAGAUGCUCAUACACAAGUACGUGGCCAUGACACAUCACCUGGAACCCAAUGAGCACUUCAGAUCCUUCUUCCAGGCCGUGGAGCCCCUGGAUGAGCAGAAGAGAUACACCCUGUCCUGCCAGCUGGAGCCCCCAGGGAAGAGGGCCGGCAGAAAGGGACUCUUGUUCUUCAGGUCCCGCAACAUUUAAACUUAGUGGCCAGAGCCAGCUGCUGUCAUCGGGCCCACGACCCAGCUGGUACCCUGGCUGCGUGCGGAGGAGAGCUUCCCCUUUGGACAGGAGGCACCCGGCGCCCCAGGACCCUGGUCUGCUUGCUGCUCCUCUUCCUCCCGAUGCUCAUCCUGAGCCUCGUCUGGGGCAGAUGCUCUUGCACCUCUUCCAUCACCAGACUUGGGCAGCUUCCCAGGCUGCUGCUGCAGGCUCAAGGACCCGUACGUAGCUGCAGCCAAUGGAACAGACUGGAGAGCCCAGAUAUACAUCCAAGUAUAUAUAUGGUCAAUUAAUAUAUGAUAAAGCACCCAUGGACACACAAUGGGGAAAUGACAGCUUCUUCAACAGCUGGUGUCCGCAAAUUGGACAGCUACGUGCAAGAGAACGAAACUGAAUUAUUGUCUACCCCCUUACACAAAAGUAAACUCGAAAUGGAUCAAAGACCUGAAUGUAAGUCAUGAAACUAUAGAUCUCUUAGAAGACAACAUAGGCAAAAAUCCCCUGAAUAUCAGCAUGAGCACCUCUUUUCUGAAUGCAU